UGCACAAAAAAAAAAGGAAAAUACAACAGCUACAACUUGGAAGAAAAAUUAGAGGAAGCUAAUCAACAACUUGCAAAGAAUGAAGUGUUAAAUAUUGAUUUUCAAUACUCUAUGUUCGAAGCAUAAUCUUUACCAAAUUUCAAAGGCAAAAAUAAUGAUGACCAAGCCCUUGGCACGAAAAAAAAAACUUAAUCAAAGCGGUUGCUAUUGUCUUUCAACACUCUUUGUCAGAACAUAAUAUUUAACAAAUUUCAAAUACACAAAACCAUGAUGGACAAGCCAUUUGCUCAACAAUAAAAUUAAUUAAAGCGGUAACUUAGGGCAUCGCACGGGUGACACACUAGUGCAAUAUUAAAAAACAGAGGGAUUAUUGAUAUCCAUCAACGCACACAUUACAUGCAUAUAGAGAAUUUCCCUUGCCUAGUUAAUAUCCUAUAUAAACAAAAUAUCACCUCACAUGGAGACUAUUUCCUUCCCUCUCCUCCCCUCUCAUGGCCAUGCCGGCAAUCGACCACCUUCGCAGCUCUAAAUCGGUCGUUUGACCGAAUGAAAGACACCCUAAUAGACUAAUAGCAAAGUGUGUAAAGUACAUGGACCCAUACUAACCCCUUAGCGAAAGACAUUUGCUCGUGCGGGUGGUGCUCGCGGUGAUGUGGUGGUUGGAUGGUGGUGCUAAUGGUCGUGCAACGAUUGGCUGAUGGUGCCAGUGGUUGUGUGAUGGUGCUAGUGGUUAUCCGGUGGUGCGGCGGGUGGUACUAGUGGUUGUGUACUGGUGAUAGAGGAGCGAGAAAGGAGGUGUAGCGGCUAAAUUUACAAAAUAAUACUUGAUGUAAGCAAGUUGUUCAUUAUUCAUAUAAGGUAUAAACUAGAGGUGUCAAUUAUCCGGAUUGAAUAAUGUCGAGUCGAAUUAUAUCUAAUUUCAAUCUUAAAUCAUACUAAAUUAUUUCGAUAUGUCCAUACGAGUCGAAAUCUCCUCAUUCCCCUUUACUCUAUUUUUUUGACACACCCUUUACUCCAUUUUGAAACCGCUACUAUCCUGCUAUAUCCUGUACACAACAGACACCAUAUCUAAUUAUCUAUCCACUCAAAAAUGGCAACUUUCAGUACUAUUCCCUCUAAAACUCUCUCUUCCUCACAUCAUCAACCACUUCACGUCGCUUUUCCGACAUCUUUCCGACCUUCGCCAGUUCGAUUUCCCGGCGAAUUAGACCGCCGGCGAAUGAGAGGCGUCAGUGUUGUUACUCGCGCAGGCCCAACUACCAGUCAGUUCAUCUUUGCUUUCCUCUUCCCAUUCUCUCUUCUCGCCAUUACUGUCUUCACUGCUUUUCGAAUUGGUGAUAGACUUGACCAGAAAUUCCUUGAGGAGCUUGCCAUGAAUGAAGCAAUUAGAGAAGCAGAGGAAGAGAUCGAUGAUGCCACUGAAAUAGUGAUCCCAGAGAAAGAGAAACCUGCACUUUCUCGAGCUCGCAAUAGGCCAAAGCGUGAAGUUUGAAUUCCUACAUUCUACGUGAGAUUGCUAUUACGUAUUUUUAGGGUAGAUCUUAUUUAGGCAUCUUCACCAAUCACCACUGUAAUUGCUCCAGUCUUUCAUGAGAUGAACUGAAUGCACCGUAGUUUGUAUAGCUAUAUCGGUAUAGUGGGGACUAUAAUGAUGAAUGCAAUAGUUAACGUAGAAGUGGUGGAAUCUGAAAGAGGAGUUACCUUUGUUUUGAAAGAAAAGUUGCCAAAUGGAGCUUCCUUUUUCUCUCAAAAAACUGAGGGACCAUGGAAGUCCUAACCUGCUAGCCGAGCACACAACUACCUGUUCUCAUUCAGGCAGUGUACUCUGAUCUUUGUAAUUGUGUAUACUAAUAAUGAAAUUCUGUUGUAAUCUGCAUGGAUACAAUUUCUUUUAUCUAGCCUUAGUUUUCCAAAUUCUUUUGGAUCUUCAUUUAUAAAACAUCUUUCAUCCUC